AAAAAAAUACAUCCACCAAUUAGCGAGUUAGAUGGUUAUUUUAUGAUAUUUAAAAAAAAUGUUUGAAUAAUAUACUCUCUCAAAACAUAUCAAACCAUUGUUGAACACUGAAGGCCUGUGGGAGUGGUAUAUAAAGAAAUUCCAGGAAAACCUUCAGUAGUUAGUAGCGGGAAACGGAAAUGGCAUUAAGCAAUUCGCAGAAGGAGCUUCUAAACCUAAUCCGCGAUGUCUCUACAGAAAAAUCUCAAGGAGAGCGUAAGAUAGUAAACCUGAAGCGGGAGAUUCAACAGCUCCAAUCGGAACUUGACUCUGUGAAUUUGGAGCUUGAAGAAGCCAAGCACUUGAAAGAAUGUACUGAACAAGAGCUAAAAGGCUACGAAGUUGAAUUGGCCAUGAGUGAAUCCUCAAUCCAAGCUUUAGAGGGACGGAUUUCUUUGAUACAGGAUGAAAUAUGUACAGUUGGAUCUGAUUUGGAGGCACUUAAGAAUGAAGAAAGGGCUUUGCGAGAUGACUUCAUUGGCAAAAUGUUUGACCUUAAUGCAAAGAUUAGAAAGUUCCAGCAGUCUGUGGAUUCUGCCACUAUUGAAGCAUUUAACAGUGACACAAUCUCACAAGAUGUGGACAUGGUAUAUGCUAAUACAAAAGAAACUGAAGAAGCCAAAAGAGAUCUUGAAGAUAAGCUUGCUCAAAUAAUCUCUGAAACCAACAUUGAGGAAGACAAAUUUCAAUCAGAACAAAUUCUUUAUAUACAGGAGAAAAAAGAGCUUGAGGAUUUGAAGCAUAGAAUAUCUUUGAUGGAAGCAGUAAUGAAAGCAAGCAAAGAGCUUCAAGAAUUAACCAUAUAUCCUCACUACAAUCUUCAUUUUUCUAACUGGAACUGGAAUCUAAUUUUUAGUGAUGUGUUUGUUUCUUUAGAUUUAAAAAGAACGCAAUGUAAGUAA